AUUUGAUUUCAUUUCAUAAUGGGAUUUCGAAAGGAAAGGCGGAAUGUGUACUCGACCACUUAGAAUUUAGUUUGAGUGAUUUAUCACGUAUUUGUAAAGCCAAUUGUUGUUUAGUAUUUUCUGAACUUUAAUUUUCUAGAUUUGUCUUUAUUGUGGCGAGUGUUAUUUUUCGUAAAACGUGUGAUUUUCGUAAAAAUAAGAAGCCGGGCGGUUUCGUUUACAUAUCGUUCUGCGUCGCGUCGCGAAGAAAAAAAGGUUAUAAGCAUCAUCACAACAGUUAUAGAUCCGAUAGUGUUGAAAGCUAUUAUAUUGGACUGGACGAAAAUGACUGCCAUCGCGAAUGAUAAUCUGUCAACCGUUGAGGAAAAUUGAAACUCCUUUUUCGAUUUGUGUAGAUGAGGCCAGUGACAUAAGUCAUGAAAAGUGGUUACCAAUUUUAGUUAGAUAUUAGAGCUGUUGAAAGCUUUAGAAAAAAAUACAUACCUUUGAGAAAUAUGGUUGGUCUAGCUACCGAUCACGCGACAGUUAUUACAGGCUCGUAACGUUUCGGGAAUCUUUAUGGAUGUUAACCGUAGAAUACCAUUCAAAAUUAGUCGAAUGUUUAAGACAUUUUGACCUGCAUUGAUGAUGUCCUGUUCCUAACUUUAUUAUUAGCAACGAUAAGUAAACUAUGAAGCAGUAUUAGCACAAAAUAGAAUAAUAGGAGGACGUGAAACUACAAUCGAAAGAUUUCCUCAUAUGCUCCGACUUCAAGUUGGAAGAAGAGGUAGUAAUUUGAUAAGCGCUUGUGGUGCUUCAAUUAUUAGCAGAGAAUGGGGACUUACGGCCGCUCAUUGCUUUGAUAACGAAGAAACAGAUUACAACAAAAUAAGUGUUAUUGCUGGUACUACUGAUAUACAAAAUUUAGCAAAAACUGCAAAACAACAUAAGGUGAUAAAGGUUACUCGAAAUCCUUAUUAUGUUAAAAGUAAUGAUAAUCGAAAAAUUGGAGGCGACAUAGCUGUAAUUAAAGUAAAUCCACCAUUUACUUUUAAUAACGUAAUUCAACCAAUUAGAUUACCACAACGAGGUCUAGCAUUGAAAACAAAUUCUGCCAUAAUUUCAGGAUGGGGGCACAUUAAACCAGGUGGACCGGGUUCUGAUAAAUUGCGUGCGGUUUCUGUACCAAAAGUAGAAUUGAAUCAAUGUAGACAAAAAUAUUUAGAAGGUAACUUAAAACUAAAAGAAGGUGAAAUUUGUUAUGGAUACAAUAAUGGAGCAAAUGUUCGCGAUAAGUGCCAAGGCGAUUCUGGUGGUCCACUUAUUAAUAGGGACAAAGUGGAACUUGGAUUAGUUUCAUGGGGUGUCGAAUGUGGAACGAAAGGAUAUCCUGGAGUUUACACUGAUGUUCUUUAUUUCCGAGAUUGGAUUAAACAACAAACCGGAAUAUAAUUCGAAAAUUUUCAACAAUUAUCUAUACUAAAAAACAAUACCUGAAGAAAAAAUUUAAUUUCAAAAUCUUUACUUCUUAUUAUUGUAAGAUUUGUUGCAGUGAAAACUUUUAAUCAUGAUUUUUAUAAUUACAACAAUAUUGAGAACACUGCCUUAACAUUACCAAUGUUGCUGGAAUGUUCCCAACAUUACGUGCUAAAUAUUAUAUAGAUUGAUCUUUAAAUGUUAAAAGAUAAAGAAUAUACGUAAUAGUAAAAUAACUACAAAAACAUCAAAAAGGAGUAGCUAAUAAACGAGAAAAGAAGUAUAGGUAACUUUUUUCAUGUUUUUUCGAGGGGUUAAAAAUAAUACGUAGUAA